GCGGAGGCGCGGCAACGGCGGAAAGGGCAGGUCUGCGCGGCGGACCGCGCUCGUUCCCGAGGCGACUCGUGGACGGGGCCGCGCGGGAGCGCCAUGCGUGCGCGCCUGGGCCUGUGAGCCGCUCGGGGAUGGACAGCGGCUCCGUGGCGGGCGAGCGGCCGAAGCGCACGCCGGGUCGUCAGCGCCUCCCGCCCUCCGGGUACGGAGGCCCAGCGCGCCCCGGCUUCUCCCCGCUGCCGGGCGGACGGUGCUGGCCGAGGCUUCGCGGACGGGCCGCCCGCGCGUCCCCGCUGCUGCUCCUCCUGCUCGUGCCCUCCCCGCGCCUGGCCGCCACCGCCCCGCGGAGGACGCUGGCCGAGCGCUCGCGCCCGGGCCACGCCGUCCCCGCGGCCGCGCUCGGCGCCGGCAGGAGCGCGCCGGGCCGUCUGCAGCUGGGCGCCGGGCGGGCGGCCGCGCUCGCGGGCAGCCGGAGAGAGCUAAGCCUGUCCGCUGGGUGCCGGCAGCUGGAGCACAGAAAGGGAAGCUUGUCCUCAUCCGUGAACCGGAAGCUCUACUUUGACACCCACACCCUGGUGUGCUUACUUGAAUCGAAUGGGUUCACCAUUCAGCAAGCAGAAAUCGUCGUAUCUGCAUUGUGCAAGAUCACGGAGACGAACAUGGAUAUCGUCUACCAAGAUAUGGUCGCCAAGGUGCAGCAGGAAAUCACUCUUCAACAGAUAAUGUCUAAGAUUGCUGAUGUGAAAAAGGAUAUGAUCAUUUUGGAGAAGAGUGAGUUUUCAGCCCUCAGAGCAGAAAACGAGAAAAUAAAACUUGAACUAAACCAGUUAAAACAACAAGUGAUGGAGGAAAUGAUCAAAGUCCGGACAGACACCAAAUUAAACUUCAAUCUGGAAAAGAGCAGAGUAAAAGAAUUGCAUUCACUGAACGAGAAAAAGAUGCUGCAACUGAAGACAGAGAUAGUGUCCCUGCAUGCCCAGCAAGAUAGAGCCCUGACCCAGACAGACAGGAAGAUAGAGACGGAGGUGGCUGGCCUCAAGACGAUGCUGGAGGCACACAAGCUGGACACCAUCAAAUACUUAGCAGGGUCUGUGUUUACGUGCCUAACCGUAGCUCUGGGAUUUUAUCGCCUGUGGAUAUAACAAAGUGUCUACCUAAAGAAGUUUUCAUUGUUUUGCCUUCAAGGCACCAGUUUGUUGCCCACCUGCCCCCUAUUUUUUCUUCUUUCAAGUUUUAAUUUUAAUUUGACUUCAUGCAUAUUAUUUAUUUCUGUGCAAACUGUGGAUCCAUAAUGAAGGUGAAGAAGUCAGAUUUCUUAAUCAUUCUUCGGAGCAUCUCUGUUUAAUUGGCUUUUUGGCCGAGCAGUGUGGACCACACUUUCAAGACUCCAUUCAACCAAACCGAUGGACUUGGUCUAACCUUGCAGUAUAUGACAAAAGUAAAUACUGGGACAGUUUGCUCCAGCUUUAAGAGUUCACAAUAUGGAGAAGUGGGGAGCUCAUUUUGAAAACAAGGUAGUAUUAAAUCUGAAGAAUCCCUGGGAUCCAACCCAGAAUCCCAGCCCUUCGGUGCCUUAUCAACAGCCACUCCCCGCGGCUUCUGCGGCAGCAGCUGCAGGGUUAAUGAUUCAGCUACACUGAUACACCUUAGGGGCCUUUGUCUUGGGUUUUUAUUGUCUCAGUAAUGUUGUUAAUGUUCCUUGCAACUGGAAGUCUUGGUACCUAAUGAAGCUCUGUAAUUCCAGCGAGAGUUCUCUUACUGCUGUCACUCAUGUGCUUCUGGUUUGAGACAAAGUCUUGCUGUUUAACCCAGGCGGGCUUCAAACUCACAGUCCCACCUAAAAGCCACCGUGCCCAGCAUCUUUACCUUUCGGAAUGUUAGCCUUCCCUCCCCCGCUUCUUCCUCUUUUCCCUCAUGAUGUGGGCGGUUAAUGCCACACUCAUGCAUUACCUGCCUAGACAACUUGUCAUUCUUGAAAUGAAACCCUGCUUCAGAGUGUGGUUUAGAGUCCGCUUCUUCUGGUGUCCGCCUGCUUUUCAUAAAACAGGCUGCACUUCGCCCCUGUGGGAUAUCUGGGUGCUGUGUGUGCUUUUUAGAAUGAGCACACCUUUGCCUGUGAGCAGCUCAGGUUGUCACUUGCCCAGUGAGAGCUGUGCCAGGCAUUGGCAUCAUCUGCGCUGAUUUCUUCCGUGGCUGAAGACAUCCCCUCACCCACCUCACCUCUGCAUUUGAAACGAAUAGACCCUGGUGCAGCUGCAGUUAUUUUGGAGAUGUGCAUUCCCCUCUUGUUUAAAUUGUUGGCUGGCAGAUGAGAGUGAGCUUGCCCCACAAAGCACAAACGCACAAGCUGGUGCACGGUGCAGAAACCACAAGAGACCGCCACCAUCAGAUUGGUGGGAUAAAUCACCCCUUGUCACUGUUCCAGCCACGCUGCUAAAAAUAAAAGCUACCUUUUGUUCCUUAGAUGUAAUUUCCAAGUUUGAGAAAUCAUUAAGUUCUUGCCUCUUUAGAAAACAUUUGCAUUAAAAAAAAUUCUGAGCCCCAGAUAACAUGCAAAUCAAGUGCUUUUGUAUUAGAACAGUAUCAGGGUGAAAUAGAAGUUUAGCCUUUCCAAGUAGACAAGAAAAAGGAGUUGUAACCACCUAAUAAAAUAAUUGGUUGACGUAUUCUCUCCCCCUGUGCAUCCAGCAGAAACGCUGCAGGCCCCCACAGUGCCAUCCCAGUUAGACCACAGUUAACUGCCCCGUGUCCGCAUAGCUACAGAGAAGGGGCUGGAAGCCCCUUAAGUCUUCUUAAUGAAGACAGACUCCUGUGCAGCUGGGUUUUACAAUGUGGGCUAACCUUGGAUAGGUUGAAAAUGGAGGGUACUUUCCUCCUGUCCUAAUCAAGUAUUCUGUAGGGAACACAUCCUUAUGUCUGACUCAAGUGUUCCUUACCACUCCAGGCUUUGAUUUUUGCUCUAGAGUUCUUUGUAGCACAGUACAAGUCUCAUUUGGCCUUGGAAAUUGUACUGUCCUUGAGGGUGUGGGUAGCAUGCAUAUCUGAAGUUUUGGAGAGUUCAGGACUACAUCCCCUUUAUUUCCUAGUGAACUUGAAAAGCAUUGAGCUAUAAAUGUGGAUGUCCUUCCAUCGCAGCCCUGGACACACAAGAAUGGUGGAAAUGGUGUGACCAGACACUAUACUGAACCUCGCUGAAGCUUCAGAGCGCUUAGGAAAUACCUGGCAAGUUUCCAAGCAGCAGCCUUGAGUCUGGCCUGUUGGGGAGUGGGGGGUGGGCAUUAGCAGUUGCCACAUGGGGAAGAAGAGUGCAGUGGGGAAGAGGCUUCUAAACUCUUUUAAAGGGUUCCUCUGCCUUCCUGCUGGGUGUAUUUUCUGUCCCCUGUUUUGUUUUGUUUUUUCCUGGUGGUACUCGCUGGAGACCAAACCACAGGCCUGAAUGCUCUGUCAUCCUGCCUCAGCCUCCCAAAUGCUAGGAUUAUGAGCAUCAGUCAGCAGGUCUGGCUCCUCUGGCUCAUUUCACUCCUUUCCUGCCUUUGCAAAGCCCCGUUGGGACUCUUUCCUGGAGACUCUUGCUUUGAUUUCUCUACUGCUUUUAGUCUCUUGCUUAAUAUCUGACAUGAUUUUCCUUCAAGUAUGCCAAGCACCUCAGGUAAAGAAGCCACAUUCAAGGCAGAAGUCUUGCUGGAGUCUCAGCUCUGAAUCCUUUAAGCACCAAGAUCCUGAGCCGCAGCAAGCCUGGGCCUGGGCUGGCCUGUCUUAGGCCUUGGCAUCAUCUUCCCUUGAUUUUCCAUGUCCCUCCUUCCCAAGCCUUUCUGCCUGCUAAUUAACCUUGUCACCACUAUGAUCACAUCCGUUCCCCAACCCUUGUGUGCUGUGUGCCAAGACUGGAAGAGCCUGCCCUAAAAAACUGGGGAUUUUAAAGUGAUCAAAGUUGUUACAGCUUUUAUGGCACUAGGGCAAAAAUGUGUUAACCAGGAAUAAUUUAUUCUUCAUGUAUGUAAGAUAUUUGAGAAUGUUCAGCCUUGUUGGAAUUGUAUUGAGAAAAUACCUUUUUGUAGAUUUGUACUUACAUUCCUUCAGUGAUAAUCCAGAUCAUUUUGUAACCCUUUCAUCGCCUCAGCAAAUGUUCAGUUUUAUUUUAUUAUUGUAUAGAGUGAAUAUAUUUUAUUAUCUAAGAUGACAGAGUUAGGUUUGUGUGGCUAGCACACCUUUCUCGUGGUUCAGGUUGACCGGGUGAAACCAGAGUGUACCUUUUCUCUGGAACAACUGCAUCUAUACUGUUCAUUCCACCGCUUGUAAAAUGAUACCGCUCUGUUGUCUCUAGUGAACCACAAAUUAUUACCUAAAAAAUUUUAUUUACAGAGGAAAUAUAUUUGAAAGCGAAUGUCUGAUUUGCAAAAUAAAUUUUUAUUUGAAAGAA